AUUUCAAAUCUCACUCUCAUCCCGCUCUCCUCCCAUUUGAGACCAGGAGAGAGAGAGAGAGAGAGAGAGAGAGAGAGAGAGAGAGAGAGAGAGAGAGAGAGGGGAGAGAGAAGUAUUUAGGGAUCCCGAUCUACUACAAGAGAUCCCAUCAUAGGUGCGUGCGAGUCUCCGUCCCCUUCUCGCCACCGCAUCAGAAUGUCCGGCCGCCACGAGAAAGAGAAGGGCGUCAACGUCCAGGUCCUUCUCCGUUGCAGGCCGUUUAGUGAGGAUGAGUUGAGGAGCAAUGCCCCGCAGGUUAUUACUUGCAAUGAGUACCAGAGAGAAGUUGCAGUCUCUCAGAACAUUGCCGGCAAGCACAUUGAUAGGGUCUUCACUUUCGAUAAGGUUUUUGGUCCUAAUGCUGAGCAAAGAGAUCUUUAUGAGCAAGCUGUGAUUCCAAUAGUGCAUGAAGUUUUGGAAGGCUUCAACUGUACCAUUUUUGCGUAUGGGCAAACGGGUACAGGUAAGACAUACACAAUGGAGGGUGAAUGCAAAAGGGCAAAGACUGGACCUAAUGGAGAAUUGCCUCCCGGGGCUGGAGUUAUUCCAAGGGCUGUCCAGCAGAUUUUCGAUACCCUUGAGGGCCAGAAUGCAGAGUACAGUGUGAAAGUCACUUUCUUAGAGCUUUACAACGAAGAGAUUACUGAUCUUCUUGCUCCAGAGGAACUUUCUAGAGCUUCUUUGGAAGAUAAGCAGAAAAAGCAGUUGCCUCUAAUGGAGGAUGGGAAAGGUGGAGUUCUUGUAAGAGGUUUGGAGGAGGAAAUCGUGACGAGCGCGAAUGAGAUUUUCACUCUACUCGAAAGAGGGUCUUCUAAACGUCGUACUGCUGAAACUUUAUUGAACAAGCAGUCAAGUCGGUCACAUUCUCUCUUUUCCAUCACCAUACACAUUAAGGAAGCAACCCCAGAAGGUGAAGAAUUGAUCAAAUGUGGAAAGUUGAAUCUGGUUGAUUUGGCCGGCUCAGAAAAUAUCUCCCGUUCGGGUGCACGAGAGGGUCGCGCAAGGGAAGCCGGAGAAAUCAACAAAAGUUUACUGACUUUAGGGCGAGUAAUCAAUGCCCUGGUGGAACAUCUUGGGCAUAUCCCAUACAGGGAUAGUAAGCUAACACGGUUACUUCGGGAUUCGCUUGGAGGAAGAACAAAGACCUGCAUCAUAGCUACAGUUUCGCCUGCUGUGCACUGUCUUGAGGAAACUUUGAGUACACUGGAUUAUGCACACAGGGCGAAAAAUAUAAAAAAUAAGCCUGAGGUGAAUCAAAAAAUGAUGAAAUCAACUCUUAUCAAGGAUCUCUAUGGUGAAAUUGAACGGCUUAAGGCAGAGGUGUAUGCCGCACGUGAGAAGAAUGGUGUUUAUAUCCCAAAGGAGCGAUACUAUCAGGAAGAAAGUGAAAGGAAGUCCAUGGCUGACCAGAUUGAGAGCAUGGGGGUUAUGCUAGAAAACCAUCAGAAGGUUUGUUCAUAUGAUAUUUUUUUUAUAUACAAGUCGUUGACUCAUUUCUGGUUUUAUACGAUAUCUAACUUCAGUUUUUAUGUGGAAUGUUACAAACAGCAAUUUGAGGAGUUGCAGAAUAAAUAUAAUCUCCAGGUUCGACAGUGUUAUGAUUUGAGUGCCAAGCUUGACUCAACUGAGAAAACUUUGAACCAUACCACUAAGUUACUUUCUACCACUGAGGAGGAAUUGAUGAAAUGCCGAUAUGCUUUGAAGGAGAGGGAUUUUAUCAUUUCUGAGCAGAAGAAAGCUGAAAAUGCUCUGGCUGAGGAAGCAUGCAAUUUGCAAUCUGACUUGGAGAAAGCACUUCAUGAUAAUGCAUCCUUGUUUCAAAAAAUUGGUAGAGAGGACAAGCUGAGUGCUGAUAAUAGGUUGGUAGUGAAUAAUUACCAGGACGAUCUUGCCAAACAAGUUGGUUCUCUUUGCAAGAUGGUGGCAACAUCGAUGUCUCAUCAGAAUGAACACCUUCAGUGUGUUGAGGAUCUCUGUCAUUAUUUUUUAAGUGCAAACGUUAAGGCGAUUAUGGACAUGAAGAAUAAAUUGACAUCUUCAAGGGCUUUGUAUCUUUCUCAUAUUGAGGCAGUGCAAAAUGUUGUGCGUUUGCACAAGGCGAGCUCUAAUGCUGGUCUAGAGGAAAUUUCAUCUUUCGCUUCUUCUAAUUUGCAGUCUGUUGAAGAAUUUCUAGCUUCAGAGGCUGGUGAAGCAGCUACAAUAUUUGAGGAUCUUCAGAGCAGUCUCUCAACACAGCAGGGAGAAAUGACAGCUUUUGCUAAGGAAUUGAAACAGAGAUUCACUUCUAGCAUUAAGCAAACACAAGACAUUUCUGAGUACUCUCAAGGAUUCCUACACAAGCUUUUGGAAGAAUCAAAGAGGCUUGAAGAUCAUGUGGGACAGACCAAUGAUAUUACACUAAAUAGCAUUGCUGAAUUUCAGAAGGCUUAUGAGGAGCAAUCAAAAUCUGAGGCAGAGAAGCUUAUUGCUGAUAUCUCUAGUUUAGUCUCCACUCACAUGAGCCGUCAGAAAGAGAUGGUGGAUGCCAAGCUUGUUGGUUUCAAAGAAAGUGCUAUUGCAGACAAGUCUUUCAUGGACGGUCAUGUUUCCUCCAUGGAGGGUAUUACCACAGAAGCGAAAAGAAAAUGGUGGGAAUUUUCAAUGCAAGCAGAAAAUGAUGCUAAGGAUGGUGCUGACUAUUCUGCUGCUAAGCAUUGUCGCAUGGAGGUUCUUCUACAAAAAAGUGUAAGUACGGCUGAUUCAGCAUUGGAGCACUGGAAAAAGACACAGGAGUCUGUGAAUGAUAUGGGAAAUAAACAUGUUUCAGCUACGGCAUCACUUAUCAGGAUUGCUUCUGAUAGUAACGAGCAGCAUGAUGUUGAGAUCAAUUCAGUGAGGGCUGCAGUUGAGCAAGAUGUGGCAAAGAAUAGUGAGGAUGUCCUUCAGCAUGUUGAUUGUAUGCAUGAGCAGGAGCAGGAAUCUAUUUCUAAAAUCUUGGAGACUAUCAAGGCUCAUUCAAAUACCCUGGAGACUUUGCGGGAGGACCACUCUGGGAAAGCUGUAUCAAUUGAGGAGACGGCACGAGAUACCUUCCAGAACCAUUAUUUGGACUAUGAACCUAGUGGAUCUACACCGGAAAAGUCUGAGCCGGAAGUUCCAAGCAAGGGCACCAUUGAGUCACUUCGAGCCAUGCCUAUGGAAGCUCUUGUUGAGGAGUUUCGGGAAAACCAUUCCUACGAGUCAUUGAAUGUGAAGGAGUUGAAACCAUCGCUUAUACCUCGCUCUCCGCUUACACAACUGAACUAAAAGUGGCGCGAUCAUCAUCGCUCGAUUACCUGCAUGAAAUGAAGUUUGUAUUUGUAUCAUUAUUAUACACUUUUUCUUGCUUUUGAGGAAUAUAUGUAGCAGAAUGUAGUGGAAGUUGGGGUGUACUGUUUGUUCCUGGUGCAGUCAGUGUACCAAUAAAUCCAGUCUUUGGAUUUAGCAGUGUAGCUCGAUAUAUAUAGGGAUGUAUAUUAGAGGCAGAAAAAACCUACAUCUGUUUAAUUUUUAUUCCAUCAAUGCUGUGUUCAACCACAUU